CUUGAGUUAGUAGAAAUUAGUUGAAAAGCAUAUAGAUAACCUUUUUUUUAUUAUUUUUUACAGAACAUAGGACCUUCUGACUGCUAAUUUGAACUCCACAACUGACACAAGGUGCCGCAACGUGAGAUGGAUGUGUAAGAUAUGUAGCUUUGAGUCAGAGAAGAGGUUGGGAUUGUUAAAACACUACAGACUAAAGCAUGGAAAUGGUGGUCGCAGCCAGUCAGUCCCUUGUCUUCACACUGAUUGCCCUUGCUCGUUUAAAACAUUUAAUGCCCUUAAGACCCAUUUGUCUCGACACCAUGUGGAGAUGGUCACACAAAGUGGACCUCUUUCAUUUACUUGUCUACUUUGCUGCUCUGGUUUUUUUGAUUCAGAGAAGCAGUAUUUUGAGCAUCUUAACAACCACUUAAGGAAGUUUGAAGCAGUUGCAUGUGUCUUCAAAAACUGCAACUUCAGUACAAAUAUUUAUUCCACCUUUGCUACACAUAGACACAGAAAACACCAGUCACACACCCUUGAGGAUUUUAAAACUGAAGUAUUAAAAAGCCAACCUAAUGAACCCAUGUUUGCUCAGGAUGAGACCUGUGUGGAAGAGAGCUUAGAGCUUUGGGAUGGGGUACCACAGGAGUUGUCUCAAGAUAUAAAAGAGAAAUUUGGCCAUCUAUUUUUAAAGUUGGAAAGCAUGUUCAAUGUCCCAAACAAAUGCAUUGAUGAAAUAGUAGAUGAGCUUCAGUUUAUAUCCACCUCUGCAUCUGGUCCACUUUUAAGAGAUGUGGUGGUGUCCACCUUGAAAAGCCAUAAUUGUGAUCUGGAUCCAGCCAUUAUCUCAGAUUUAGUGAAAAAUAUUUGUGAGACACACCCUAUAAGUACUGCCUUGGGGACAGGUGGCCCCAAGGCAGUACUUAUACACAACUUCAUACACAACUUAUACACAACUUCAUACAAGAGAAGAGAAUUUAUGAAGAAGCAUUUUUCAGUUGUUGAACCAGAAGAACACAUACUUGAUAAAAAAAGGGCAAAACCUUCCAGCAUGUCCCAAUAUUGCCCUCCUUGGUGCAGGUCCUAAGUAAGUCUUUUCAAGAAAACACAUUUGAAGGUGAAAAAAAAACUGAAAAUGACUUUAAGUACCAGACAUUUCGUGAUGGAUCUCACUAUCAAAACAACUAGUUUUUCUCUGUAGAGGAGAACAGAGUGAGUCUCAUCCUGUACAUUGAUGACUUUGAGGUAUGUAAUCCUCUUGGGACAUCUCGAAAAAAGCACAAAGUCACAGCUGUCUAUUGGGUGUUGGGAAACAUUCCGGUGCAGUUACGUUCCACAUUGACAUCAAUCUACCUUGCAAUUCUGUGUAAGGCUGAAGACACCAAGCAGUUUGGAUUCCAGCGAGUUUUAGAGCCACUGUUAACAGAUAUCCAAACCUUGGAGAAAGAUGGUCUUUUUGUUCCAGCAUUAGGGAAAGCCAUUAAAGGGACUGUGGUCAGUGUGGUGGCAGAUAAUUUGGGGGCGCACUCUGUGGCAGGAUUUGUCGAAAGCUUUGCAGGGUCAUACGUCUGCCGGUUUUGUGUUGGGGAGCGAUCCAAGUUUCAGUCCAAUGAAGUGAGAUCUGGGUCUUUUCAUCAAAGAACCAAAGAUCAACA